AUGCCCGAACAAACUGGUGGCAUCACAAGAGAUCAGACAGCACAAGGGAGGCUGAAUAAGGAUUCUGUCAAUUACGGCUCUAGGACACAACAGCAACUACACCAUCAACAACUACUGAAGGUACAACUGAACUACAGAAACAAACAGCAACUACAGAUUCAACAACAACUGAAGGUUCAACUACAACUACAGAAACAACAGCAUCAACAACAACUGAAGGUUCAACAGCAAAUACAGAAACAACAGCAACUACAGCAUCACAACACUGAAGGUACAACUGAAACUACAGAAACAACAGCAACUACAGCAUCAACAACAACUGAAGGUUCAACUGCAACUACAGAAACAACAGCAACCACAGCCUUAGCAACAACUGAAGGUACAACAGCAACCACAGCCUUAACAACAACUGAAGGCACAACAGCAACUACACCAUCAACAACUACUGAACGUACAACUGAAACUACAGAAAAAACAGUAACUACAGAUUCAACAACAACUGAAGGUUCAACUACAACUACAGAAACGGGAGCAUCAACAACAACUGAAGGUUCAACUGCAACUACAGAAACAACAGCAACUACAGCAUCAACAACAACUGAAGGUUCAACAGCAAAUACAGAAACAACAGCAACUACAGCAUCAACAACAGCUGAAGGUACAACUCCAACUACAGUAUGUGAAGAAACUACAGCAUCAACAACUGAAGGUACAACAGUCAUUACGGCACAAACAACAACUGAAGGUUCAACUAGAACUACAGAAACAACAGCAUCAACAACUACUGAAGAUACAACUGAAACUGCAGAAACAACAGCAACUACAGCAUCAACAACAACUGAAGGUUCAACUGCAACUACAGAAACAACAGCAACUACAGCAUCAACAACAGCUGAAGGUUCAACUGCAACUACAGAAACAACAGCAACUGAAGGUACAUCAGCAACCACAGCAUCAACAACAACUGAAGGUACAACUCCAACUACAGUAUCUGAAGAAACUACAGAAUCAACAACAACUGAAGGUACAACAGUCAUUACAGCACAAACAACAACUGAAGGUUCAACUGCAAUUACAGAAACAACAGCAACCUACAGCUUACAACAACUGAAGGUUCAACAGCAACUACACCAUCAACAACACUGA